AGUCAAACCUACCACCUAACCUCCAACGAGCUAUGAUCUUAUCCCAGGAAAAGGGAGCCUCAAACUGGUUAACAGUACUACCAGUGGAAGAAUUUGGCCUAGCACUGCACAAAGGUGCCUUCAGAGACGCACUAGCACUCAGAUAUGGGUGGCAACCCAAUGGCACCCCAAUCACAUGCGCUUGUGGCACCAACUUCAGAGUGGAACAUGCAUUAUCAUGUGCAAAAGGCGGCUAUCCCUCCAUAAGGCAUAACGAGAUCAGAGACUUCACGGCCAACCUCAUGUCAGAAGUUUGCCACAAUGUCGCCAUAGAACCACACCUACAACCCAUCGCCGGCGAAAUUCUAUCAGGUGCAUCUGCCAACACACAAGAUGGUGCCAGAUUAGACGUGGCAGCAGAUGGUUUUUGGGGAAGCAGGUUUGAGAGAGCAUUUUUUGAUGUUAGGGUGUUCAACCCGUACGCUCCCUCAAACAGGCAACCGCAACUAUCCACAACCUACCGCAAGCAUGAAAACAUAAAGAAGAGAGCCUAUGACCAACGAAUCAGAGAUGUAGAAAACUCGACCUUCACUCCCCUCAUCCUGUCAAGUACCGGGGGCCUUGGACGUACCGCUACCUCCACCUACAAGAGAUUGGCGUCUCUCCUGUCAACAAAAUGGGACCAGCCCUACAGCACCACCAUGGGAUGGAUCAGAUGCAGGCUGUCCUUCUCUCUCCUCAGAUCAGCCAUCAUGUGCAUUAGGGGGGCCCGAUCAAGCCAAGGGCACGCCACCAGACAGCCCCCUAUCGACCUAGUGACAAGCGAGUCCCUGGUCCCACCACACCCAUGAACUAACUACACAUGACUUAUUU